CUCGACUCCGAUCAUAUAUUUACAACCGGGAUUGAUUUGGAAGCAACGACUCACUUUUCAGUAUUUAAAAAUGUCAUUCUUAUUAGAUUCGUGCCUAAUGUUCUUUUCGCAGGUUCUCUUUUUUGCUGGUGGAUGGGUAUUUUUUCUGAAACAACUUUUUAAAGACUAUGAGGUCCAUCACUCUGUUGUUCUUCUGGUCUUUUCUAUUACAUUUGCAUUGUCAUGUACUAUGUUUGAACUGAUCAUCUUUGAAAUACUUGGAUUCCUUGAAUCUAGCUCAAGAUACUUUCAUUGGAAAUUGGGAUUGUAUGCCUUUCUUUUUGUAUUGGUUGCAAUCCUUCCAUUUUACAUUGGUUACUUCAUCAUUGGAAACUUGAGAUUUGCUCCUCAAAAACGACACAUUCGUGUUUUAAUGACAACUGGGGCAUGGCUGGCAUUUCUUUACUUUUUCUGGAAGAUUGGUGACCCAUUUCCAAUUUUGAGUCCUAAGCAUGGAAUCUUCUCAAUUGAGCAAUGUAUUGGAAGGAUUGGGGUCAUUGGGGUCACAUUAAUGGCUGUGCUUUCUGGGUUUGGAGCUGUAAACUACCCGUAUACCUCCAUGUUUUACUUUAUCAGAGCAGUAACUGAAACAGAUGUACAGAAUAUAGAAAAGAGAUUGAUGCAAACUAUGGAUAUGAUUCUGAUGAAGAAGAAAAGAAUAGCACUAGCUAGGCAAGAACGACUGAAGCAGGCAACCAUUAACAAAAGUCAAGGUGGAUUGUGGGGAAUGAUAUCUAAAGUCACCUCGGGCAGUGGAUCAUCAGAGAAUAUGUCAAUGUUGAAGCAAGAAACUGAAGCCUAUGAAGAGCUAGCAAAACAAUUGUUUUUGGAGUCUGUAGAUCUCCAUAAUGCACAGGAAAGAAUAGCUUAUUCGAAGACAUUCAAAGGGAAAUAUUUUAACUUUUUGGGUUAUUUCUUCUCCAUUUAUUGUGUGUGGAAAAUACUUAUUUCAACGAUAAACAUAAUUUUUGAUCGUGUUGGUAAAGUUGACCCUGUUACAAGAGGAAUAGAAAUAGCUGUCAACUACAUUGGAAUUCAAUUUGAUGUAAAAUUCUGGUCACAGCAAAUCUCCUUCCUUUUAAUUGGAAUCAUCAUUGUGACUUCUAUUAGAGGAUUACUAAUAACAUUGACAAGGUUCUUUUAUGCAAUAGCUAGUAGCAAGUCUUCAAAUGUGAUAGUCCUUUGUUUGGCCCAACUUAUGGGUAUGUAUUUUGUGAGCUCUGUACUUCUUAUUAGAAUGAAUAUGCCGCAGGAAUAUAGGUCAAUUAUCACAGAAGUACUUGGAGACCUGCAAUUUAAUUUCUACCAUCGAUGGUUUGAUGUCAUAUUUCUUGUGAGUGCUUUGUCAAGCAUCGGAUUUCUUUAUAUUGCACACAAGCAAGCUCCUGAGAAGAAUGGUUAUUGAUAUUUUCAUGUGUCAUUGCAUCAAUAAAUAUCAAGUUUAACAA